AUGGAUAACCUUCACUUGCAUGUCAUAGCUGUGGUCCUUUACUUUAAUCUUCCUGGAUCAGUGGGAACCAAGUCACAGUGGAUUCUUCCUGCUACACAUCUCCAUUCAGAAUGCCGGUGGGAUGGGCAGUUCUUACUGAAUUGCUCUUUUACCAGAAUAUCUACUGUUCCAGAAGAUAUAUCACAAACAGCAGUAACAGCUGAUCUGAGUCACAAUAAUAUUAAAACUUUUGGGUGCUCUGAUGGAAGAAAUGAAGAGUGGAUGCUGAAACACCUGAACCUCAGUAACAACCUGAUUUCUGAACUCUCUUUAACUACUUGUACAAAUUUACUCACUUUAGAAACUCUAAACCUCAAUGCUAAUGUCAUCCACACCCUCACGCUGGACAUGCCGUCACCUGCACGGGGCUCUAGAAAGUACAGCAUUGUUGAUCGUCUCCUGCCUUCUUUGAAAGUAUUGUCAGUUGAAAGAAAUAAUCUUAAUACAGUUCCAAGAGGACUAGGGCUCCUGCAAUCUUUACAAACUGUCCGUAUAUCAUCCAAUGCCAUACAACAGAUUGAUCCAAAGGAUUUUCAAAAUUGUUCACAGCUGAAGGACAUUGACCUGCGAAAUAACAAGAUUACUAAAAUUCAUCCAGAUGCCUUCAGAGACCUCAACAAAUUACAGGUUGUGGAUCUCCGUGAAAAUGCUCUGACAAUGCCUCUACCACAGAUACUUGUCAGUUUGAACUUCUUUCAACUUGAAGUAUAUUUGUCAAAGAAUGUCUGGAUAUUUAACUGCAGGCUAAACGCUUUUAAACAUUUAUUUCAUUUUGUCUUUGACGCCACAAAGAAAAAAUUAAGCCUUUCAUACAAAAAGUCUGCCAACAACUCCCAGAAACCUCUGCUAUAUCUUUCAAGUUUGCAUUUAAACUGCAGGGACAAUGUUUUGUUCAAAAGGGCCACAGUCCCCAUGGGGAACACAUCAGUGCUGACCUGUAACAUGGACAACAUAAGGGGCAAUGGAGUCUCUUGGUGGACACCUAAGGGCAGAAUUUCAAAAAAACACAGUCUUCCUGAUAUGACACUGGAUAAAAUGAAUAAUUUAGUGAUAUACAAUGCUGAGAAAUCUGAUGAAGGAUUAUAUCUGUGUCUUUUUAAUACAACAAAAGAUAAAUAUCUCAUUUACAAUGUAGAGGUGAAAGAAUUAGUUUCAGCAUUUUUGGUUAGAAAAGCUAGGGACACUAACGCUGUUAUUAGACAGCAACAAACAGAAGCAAACUUUGCUCUGGCUGUCUCCCUCUCUGUGCUCAUCACAUUUGUUUGUGCUUUUUGUCUGGGUGCUUUUGCUAGACCCUACUUGGAGAGCCUCUGGAGACUCAUGCGCAGGAACAAAAAUUCAGGUUCAGAACACACGUAUUCUAAUCAAGCUUUUUCACAUGAAACCUUGAGCAGACAGUCUUCUGCAAGCAGACCAAGAAAUACACAGCAUGAAGCAUUAUUUUGUGAUAAGAAUUCUUUAAGAAACACACAUAUUUUUCCUACAGAAACUUCUAUUGUGUAUGAAAAUGUCACUGGCAGUGGUGUACAUUCACCAAAUCCCAAAGCACAGUACCAGAAACAAAGCAAUACUGAGAUCAACAUGAAGGAAAUACCAGUGUUUUCAAAAGUCCAAACUAGUAUUGAUGAUGAUGAAAGUACAAACGUUUAUGAUACUGGACUAUUUUUUGUAAGGACGGACUACCAGAAGAGCAAUGAAAUAACACCAAAAAGCAAAUUAAGAAACAACUCUGGCCUGCUGCAGUCUGAGAUCACAAAAGUGACACCAGAUUCCCCAGAAAGAAAAGGUGUUGUUUCACAUAUUGAACCCAGGCACACUAAAACAUUUAUGCACGGAAGGCAAAACUGUGAAAAACAACUUGGUCUAAAUGGCAACAAAAAUAUACCUAGUGAUGUUGGAGAUUUUAUUUCACUCAGUAGCUCCAGAAGAGAUGCAGAUAUUGAGAAUUUAAGCAUCUAUGAAACAAUAGAAAACUCUGCCCUUACAGAGCACAACUAUGAAAGGAUACAUUCAUAUGAAAACGAUGCUUCGGCUGAUGUAUUUGGUGACAGUUCUUCAGCUGAAGGGACUCCAUUCACAUUGAGCGACUCUAGUUCUUCAGCAGACUUUGAACUGGAACAAUCUGAUGUUAGCAAAAACCUUCCAGUCCAUCAGUCAUCACGAGAUGAAGCCAAUACAGACAGUGGAACUGAGAAAUUCGCAACACCGCCAGAGUCUCCAAACAUUACUGCUGAACUUGAGCAGGUUUGGAAAAAUAAAGAUGAGCAGAGUGCCUAUUUUGAGACCACUGUUAGUUACGGAUCAGAUACCACCAUGCGUGAAACAGCAUCCCCUUACGCUGAUAAAUGCAGCGGCCAAGAAAGCAUGCCAGAUCCAGAUCCAGUCAUCUCUCCAAGUCAAGAAAUUCCAGAUACAUUUAAUUAUUUUUCUAAUGCAGAAUCAACAGUACAAAACUCUAUUUCUGAUUCUCUCCACAGUCAAAGUACAGAUUUUGGCAACACGGAACUUAAGUCAAAACAUUUUCCCACAUAUGACACAGAGAAAACUUCUGAAGAGGAUGAACUGCAGCUGUCUCUGCUUCCCAGAGAACCACAGCAUUCCCUCAGCUUCAGUCACACAGAACAAAAAGAAAAUGCACCAGCAGAAAGUACAGAUGAGCACACAGCCAGGAAUUCCCUGGAAAAGAAUCACAGUGAAGCAGAUGUUACAUUAAGAAGAAACAUGAGUACAUCUGAGGACAAUGGCUUUGGUUUUGCUCCCACUGAUACUGGUUUGAAUGAAGUUGUAAAAAAACCAUCACUGCUGAAUUCCAGCAAAGAAUCAUCUCUUCAGUUGCUGCCUGAACACACAGCUGAAAAACAUUUCAUGUUUGUUACACAGCAAGAUGACUUGCAACCACAGGGGAAGGAGGCUUGUGCAGAUAAAAUGCAAGAAGGUGCUGAUGGGAAAAAUUCUGAUGAAUUCAUAGAAUUACAGGAUACCAGCAAUUGCAGUCUGCAUGAGGAUACCAGCAAUUGCAGUCUGCAUGAGGAAACACAGUCUUGUAAUCCUACACCAGUUCUGCUGCAUCUUCAUAGUUCUGGGAAAACACAGUCAGAAGUCACAACAGAUGAUUGCUUCCAACUGGAUCAGAGUGAUGAGGAUGCGUAUUCCUUCUCAAUCCCACAAGGUUUCUUCAGUGAAAGCACACCAUACAGUUCAUGGUCCUUCCCACAAAAGCCAAUAGGAAAUACAAUCUCUGAAAGCACUGAUUCCAGCAAGAUGAAGGAUCACACUACUUUGACAGAACUGGAGAACCAUUCUGAAACAAUUGUAGAUCUCCAAAAUUCCAGUGAAAAUCUCAGCAAAAAAAGCCAGACAAAUUCAGGACAGAACCAGUUUUUUGUUAAGAAGAAAAGAGCAUUUGAUGGAUUUGCUAAUAUUUUGCAAAGCAGGAGAACAAACUUCGAUAGUUGA